CGAGGCGGCGGCGGCGGCGGCGUGUUCCCGCGGCCCUCUGGAGCGGCCCCGGCCCCUUGGGGCGUGCGGAGCCGCAGGGGGAGUUUGGCGGCGCCCCGUCCCCGCCGGGCGUCACUGGGGCCGCUGAUGAGAAUCCCGAACUGCUGGUUAGAAGCGUCCUAAAAGCAACUGCGAAGUUGUUUGGGCUGAUACCAUGAGCUGUUUUAAGAUAGUGACGUCUGCACGCGCUAACUUGGCAAACAAAUUAUUUGGGAAACAUAAUCUUUGGGCUGCUCGGAAAUUGCCGUGUGUGAGGCCGUGGGGACAUACAGUGCUCGGUAGCAAAGAGGUUGACCACGGAGAUGAGUUUUGGCACUAGUUGCUGAAGCAGGAGUCAGAAAAUCAGGAUUACAGCAGAUUUUUAUGCAGUUAAGAUCUCACUGAUCCUGUGAACCAUGAUACCAGAGGAAGACGUUUCGGGGAGAAGGUGAUUGCAUUUUCAGGAUGUCUUCAGGUGCAUUGUUUCCAAGCCUGGUGCCAGGCUCCCGUGGCUCUUCCAGCAAAUACCUGGUGGAAUUUCGGGCAGGAAAGAUGUCCCUGAAAGGCAGCACUGUAACCCCAGACAAAAGAAAAGGCCUCGUUUACAUCCAGCAAACUGAUGAUUCCCUCAUUCACUUUUGCUGGAAAGACAGGACUUCAGGCAAUGUUGAAGAUGAUUUGAUUAUUUUUCCUGAUGACUGCGAAUUCAAGAGGGUACCUCAGUGUACUACUGGUCGUGUGUACGUGCUGAAAUUCAAAGCAGGAUCAAAACGACUCUUCUUCUGGAUGCAGGAGCCUAAGACAGAUAAAGAUGAAGAACACUGCCGUAAAGUGAACGAGUAUCUCAACAAUCCACCAAUGCCUGGUGCUUUGGGUGGUAAUGCGAGUGGAGGCCAUGAGCUCUCAGCGUUAGGAGGUGAGGGUGGCUUGCAAAGCCUUCUUGGAAACAUGAGCCAUAACCAGCUCAUGCAGCUGAUCGGACCCACGGGCUUAGGAGGACUUGGUGGGCUGGGUGCACUGACGGGUCCUGGGCUGGCUAGUUUGCUUGGAAGUGGGGGACCACCAACCAGCAGUUCAUCAUCAAGCUCUCGCAGCCAGUCAGCUGCUGUGACACCAUCUUCCACAACCUCUUCUACGCGUGUAACUCCUGCCCCAUCUGUUCCUGCGGCUGCAUCUGUGACCAGUCCGAGUCCUGUACCGAGUUCGGGUAAUGGAACCAGCUCAGCCACAAGCCCAACCCAGCCCAUUCAAUUGAGUGACCUUCAGAACAUUUUAGCUACUAUGAAUGUGCCAUCUGGAGCAGGAGGACAGCAAGUUGACUUGGCUACUGUUCUGACUCCUGAGAUAAUGGCUCCCAUUCUGGCCAAUGCUGAAGUUCAAGAGCGGUUAAUGCCUUAUCUUCCUUCAGGGGAAUCUCUGCCACAGACAGCAGAAGAAAUUCAGAAUACUCUGACAUCUCCUCAGUUUCAGCAGGCAUUGAGCAUGUUCAGUGCUGCCUUAGCUUCUGGACAGCUUGGCCCUCUAAUGAGUCAGUUUGGCUUACCAGCAGAGGCGGUAGAUGCAGCAAAUAAAGGUGAUGUAGAAGCGUUUGCCAAAGCAAUGCAGAACAGUGUCAAGUCAGACCAAAAGGAAGGCGACUCUAAGGACAAGAAAGAUGAAGAGGAAGAUAUGAGUUUAGAUUAAGUUAUUUGCUCUUCGUUACAGAUAUUCCUAGAUACUAACUUAAGCAACUGUAGUAGGAUUACUAACUUCAUAUUAUGCUUAUAUAAAUCUACAAAUAAAGGAAUUUUCUUUAUCUGCCA